UGCAUUCAGUUUGUCAGUGACAGUGCCGAGAUAAAGAAUAUAAACAGCAACGAAAGGAAUUUAGUUGAACAAUAACGAUGGGAAGUUUGUGGAAAAAAGAAACAAACCGUGCUGAUGCGCAAUUAGUUGAUCUAUUUGCUAACAUUGGUCAAAAAAGUUCCGUUCAAGAAUGGGACCGUCAAAUUAAAUCAUCCAAUUGGAAGCAUCGCUUUUUGAUGACGGCCGUCGAUGCGGGAAAAAAUAACUCUAUUUCGGAUAAUUUUCGUGCAAACGGCAAUAUGUAUUUCAAACAAAAACUGUGGGUUGAAGCCAUGGAAUUCUACAGCCAAAGUCUGUAUUUUGCCGAAACGGGAACCAACAAUGUGAGUUUUGCGUAUGCAAACCGUGCCACAUGUUUUUUGAACAUGAAAGAAUAUGAAAAGUGUCUGAAAGAUAUCGAUUUGGCCGUUGAAGCAAAAUAUCCGGAACAUUUGAUGUCAAAAUUGAUGAAACGAAAGGCUGACUGCGUGAAUCUUAUGAAGAAAAACCCAGCAGUUGCAGCAUUUGAUCCGAAACUCAGUUUGAAGGCGAGUGAACCAUUCCCGUGCAUGGCCGAUGCGUUGGAAAUACAACGGAAUGACGAGUUUGGUCGACAUCUGGUAGCUAAAUGCGAUAUUGACGUAGGUCAAACAAUCUUGGUAGAAGAAAACUUUGCAUCUAUUGCUUCUGGGUAUGACCGUGUCAAUUGCUUCGAAUGUAUACAAACUAAGAUGAAUUUCAUGCCUUGCACCGAGUGCAGCGAUGCUUUGUUCUGCAGUGCCGAUUGCCGAGACCGUAGUGAAAUUCACAAAGUAAGCUGUGGUGCAACCAUUCAUCGUAUGCCCAACAAUGUCAGAUACAUAGCCAGAUCGAUUUUGGUGGCUUUGAAAUCAUUCACAAAUGCCAACGAUAUGAUGGACUUUGUCGCGAAUAUUUUGUCAGAACGUGCGACUAAAAUACCGGCCGCAGCAAAUGAUGUGCGAUCAAAGUACGCGCUAUUUUUGAGCCUACAACCAGCAUCGCCAGGUGUGCUUGAUAUCGAAACUGUUUACAAGGUGUUCAAGGGACUUUUGGAAGUUCCAUCCGUUAAAGCCAUGUUCGAAUCGAAACAAAGUCAACGCUUUUUGAUGCAUUUAAUUGGUGAGCAUUUCCUGAUCAUUUCGAAUAAUUCGUAUGGUGGAUCGUUGUCAAGUGCAUCGUCCAUUGGAACAACAGCACUUGUGAUGUCCUUAUUCAAUCAUGCAUGCGCCCCAAAUGUAUUCAACUCUUCGAUGGGCAACAAAGAAGUUUGUAUCACCAUGCGUCCAAUAAAAAAGGGCCAGCAAUUGUUUGUUAAGUAUUUGUGCGGCGAUCGAACUACAAGACAGCGUCAAGAUAUGCUUUUGAAUCAGUGGGGAUUCCUUUGCAAAUGUGACAAAUGCGUUCCGCAUUGCUCACCAGGCGAUCGCUCGAAGAUGAAAUCUGAUCCAUGUUUCAAGGCAUUGGUCAAGUCAGCAUCAAUCAACUUUUACGACAUUACGAAUUUCUCCCAGUUAACGAACAAAUGUGUUCAGUUUCUCAAGAAAUACGGUCAUUUACCAUGGUCCGAGGAAAUGGACGUCGUUCUUAAAGCCUACACCAAAUGUUUAUUAGAUCCAUUCCCAGAUAUGUAAUUCAUUUUUGAAAAUCGCUCUUUGAAAUUCAGAAUCUCAAUUCAUUUACAUUCAUUAAAAAAUAUUCAAUCCGUGACACUUUGAUACGAAAUAAUCAGUAAAUAUUAAACUCAAAAGAAAUGACAUUAUUCUUUACAUACUCUUGAAAUUGUGAAUGUAUCAUAGGAAGCUGAUAAAAAUUUUCAAAUAAAAAUACAUUAUCUAAAA